CUUAUCAUUAACCCAUCACUCUCUCUGUCACACACACACACUUUCUCUCACUCUCUUUCGGAACAGCAGCAAGAGGUAGUUAUGAGACAUACCCUUCUCAGAGAUAAGUACAGCAGCCCCACAAAGCCUCCUUACCUUGCUAAAGGAACCUACAAGGAAAUGGGAGGAUUUAUUUGAGAAGGAGCUCAGAAGGACUCAGAAACAGUUACUCAAAGAAGCAAGGGACAAGCACUACUUCACAUUGGGGAGAUCAAGUCAGGAGACACAAGAUGAACCUAUUCACCCAGCAAACUGUGAUACUUUGGCUCUGUGUUGCUGUCACGCUCACGACAGAGCUGGUGAAGCUAAGCACUGUUGACUCUCUGAUUGUGCCAUGUCACCAGAGUGUUACCCUCCAAUGCAGAAUCUCCACCUUCCAGGAGGGGCUGUCAAUCAAUUAUCUGGCCUGGGUCGGGCAGGACGGGAAGUGCCUGUGUGAUGUUAACGCGACUGGAGUGAUGGGGACCCACCCAGGGAACACACCUAGUGCCAUGGAGUGUAGUUAUACCCCACAGACACAGCUGACCCUGACUCUGCUGCAGGUACAGCCACUGGAGCAGGGAAAUUACUUGUGCAAGCUGCGUUCCAAUCAAGGAAUAAAGGAGGUCACCACAACGGUGAAGCUGCAAGAGUGCUACAGGGAGGCCAGGUCCAGCGUCAGCGAUGAGGGCCCAACCUGCACCUUCACUGAGGUCUACCCUGACGGAGAGGUGCACUGGUUCCAGGGACACAACAAUGUGACUGGGGACCCUAAAAUCAAAACUAAACAAGUGAAGGAUGGAACAUUUUUUACAAUAACUAGUUCUCUGAAUAGAAAGACCAUCUCUGGGGAAGGGGCCUACAACUGCUCCCUGUGGAUCCCCAGUACCGGAGCCUACCUGACCAGCAACUUGGUACCAGAGCAUGGUGAAGCCAGGGUUGCCAACGGGGCAGGGGCCAUUGGUCCCGUGUGGAAAACCUUUCUAGUCCUCCUGAGUACUCUCUUCCUGGUGUGAUGUCUGAAAACGAACAUUAGCAAAUGGACCAGGAAGCGCCAGGAUCAAUUAAUAAAAAUAUGGAAGAGCCA